AUGACAACCCAAACUGGUUUACUGGCACUGGCCCUCUCAUUUCUAAGAACAAGUGACAAAUUUACGAUUGAUUCCACUGUGCUCUCCAGUGCGGGUGAACAAAUUAGAAGUAGUUUAGAGGAAGAUCCCCCCAGUGAACCGGUUAAAAGCACGAAACGAUCAGUGGGGCAUGAAGAAAUUACCCCAUUGGGCAAAAAGGAUGUUAAUCCUAGUCUUGAAAAUGUAGAUAUGACCAGAUGUUGGAAAAACAACCUGGAGAGAAUGAAGUCACAACUUCAUUCAGGGGAAGAUGAAAAUAGUUGUCCCGCGAUGGGGAACUGA